UCAUGUCUUAUUCAUAGGCAAAUUUUCUGUUGGCAACGUUGCUUCUUGGACUCAUAGUUCAACAUUUCCCAGUGUUCCAGAAGAACGCCCUGGCUACCACCAGGGCUGAACUAGUCUAGGAUGCUCUGCAGAAGCACAUCAGGUCACUCAGCCAUUCCAGACUCAACUGUUUCUGAAAAGGAUACAUUUCAUAUUGCUCUCUGGACCUGGAAAAAACGAAGAGUGCCAAGGGCGGACCUGUACGUGAACGCUUCCUGUUUCUCCCAAGGCUCACAGGCUUUCCGCAUCCCGGGAGCAGGGCAGGCCAGCAUCUCCCGAAAUGCCCGAACCUCCAGGCCUCACUGGUUCUUUAGAGCGCUGGGCGUGGUUUCCGUGCGCCUCAAACAGGCUGACGCAAGAGCCGGGAGGUGUCAUCCCCCCCUCGCUGCUCCUCCGUGGAGCUGUUGUGGGAAAGAAGGGGUUAGCUCACAGCCUGGAAGCUCCUUAAGGGUCCUGUGCGCCCCAGCGUGCGCCGGACGCGGCUGGCGCGGAGGAAGUCUCGGUGGGAUCCCAGAUGGUCACAUUGAUCCCCAGUGCAUCCAGAGGCUCCACAUCUGGAGGAAUGUGCUCGUCACAUCCGUCUGUCGUGUUCCUGCGGGCCCUCCUCCCAGGAUGUAUUCAUGCUUCCAGACUCUAAGCCCUACCAAUUCCUUUAAAUGCACCGAUCUUGGAUCUCCCAGGCUCUGGGCAUCCCCAGUGGAGGGUGGCAUUCGUGGAGGUCAUUUUGACAGGAUACUGUGAGGGUGAGGACUGGAUACGAGGAGAGGGUCUGAAAUAUCUGUUGUGCACAUCACUGGUGUAAUCGUCACCCGCACAGCAGGUAAUGCCUCACUGCAGAGUUGAAUAGACUUUUGAGAAAGGCGAGGGGGAGGGUGUGCGGGGUGGGGGCACAGUGCAAGGCCUGGGGUCGCAGCAGUGGUCACGACCCUAGAGGCCUACGGGGGAGAGAGGGCGGCGAUGGCCGAGUGCUGCAAGAGCCCGCAGCAGCGAGUGGGGGUGGGUGGGGGCAGGGAACCGCCCGGCAGUGCUCUCCCUCCCGCAGCCGCCCUGGACUGCCCAGCUUCUGUGCUGCUGUCCCCGCGGGGCAGAGAAGGGGGCGGGAGAGAGGAGCCGGAGGGACAACCGUCAUGCAUUGCUAACUCAGGUCUAGGUGGUUUUGUUUUGUCUUUGCAGUUUAGAGAUAACCGUAUAAAAUUAGCUGCAUCCAGAGGUCUCAAGAGUCAAGGGAGUCCCCCUGAAACGCCAGGCCUCUCUCUGGCUUUGUGUUCUGGGGCCAUUCGUGGAGCCAUACUUCCUCCCCUGAGGUCUCUAGCACCCGCCCCAGGUGCGCGCUCUUGUGCUCCGUGGCCACUGUCACCAGCAUGCUCAGGUCUCCUGUCCAGAAAAGCCCCUGAAUCACCGUUUCCACCCCGAGACCACUUAGAAAUUACAGCUGCUUACUUAUUGUCCCUUCUCUGGGCCACCGUUGUGCGGAAUCCCAGCUGAAGGAAAGCACCAGUGACUGCAAGUUACUUAAGAAUAAAAAUCCACUUCUUAUCCCAACAACAUAAAACAUUAAGAGGAAUUAUGUUUUUUACAAAAUCCAACAAACCGCCCACGAUUGUACCUACCAAGCAAAAGCAGUACCUUUGUAAGCAGAGCAAUGAUGAAACAGACUGGGGCCACUUGAUCUCAGGUCCUGGGCAGACCUUUAGGUGCCAGUCUUGUUUUCUAAUAGUCUGAAAAAGAGUUGAUAAAAAGUAACGUUUAUUGGAUACUUCCUAGGUCCUGUAAACCUGGACAAGUUUCUUAACCCUUCUGUGCCCCCAACUUUUUAUCUGUAGAAUGGGAAUAAUCUCAAUGCCUCUUAGGGUUUUGUGAGUAUUAAAUGAGUCCAUCUCUGGAAAGUACUUGAAUGGUAUCUGGUGCACAGAAAAGUGGUAUUUACAUGUUACCUCAAUAUCAGCUACGAUCACGUGGCAGCCCAAAGAGGGUUCACUGUCUCUGUUUUUGAGACUAUGGCUUCAGGGCUUCCUCAACACCCAGGGCCAGCCAGCCAUUAAGUGGAGCCAUGGGUCUCCUGAUCUUCGUUCCCUGGGGAGAGGUGUCUCCAGAACUCUCUCUCUAGGCCCUGCCUCCUCUAGCCUGAGUGCCAGGCACCUGGACCUGCCUCUGUGGCACUUGGUGGUAGAAAGAGGCCCUGAGUUAGGAUUCAGAAGAUACUCAGUGUGGCAGCUGAGUGACCUUAAUCUUUGGGCCUCAGGGUUCCUAUCUGUAAAUUAGAGAUAAUAAUUGCCCUUCCCACAAACCCACAUGCAGGGUGGUUUUAAAGACCAAAUGCAAAAUAACUAAAAGUUCUUCCUAGAGGUGACAUCAUGAGUCUCUGCUGUGCCUCCAACCCCAAAUUGCACUUUUUUUUUAUUAUUUUAAAAAAAAGUUUUAACGUUCAUUUAUUUUUGAGAGAGAGUGUGAGCAGGGGAGGGGUAGAGAGAAAGGGAGACACAGAA